AUGGGUCUGUCACCUUAUCCAAACCCAGCUGAUGGAGGACUACUAUGUGGACUUCUGGUGUGCACAAUCAUAUCCAUCUCCAUUGUCAGAGACCUUAUCCUCUCAAUCCUCCAUGUUGCUGGCAUCCGAAUUAGAUCAUGGGAAGGAAGUCGAUCGGAUUUCUAUGAAUGCUUUGGAUGCCCCUCAGAAAACUGCAUGGAGGAGAUCCAUUGUCGGAUCCCAGGCAUUCGGUUUAAGUCCAUUUGCAAAGGCCAGCAACCAAUUGAACAAGAUUGUUCGGUUUGCCUGACAGAGUUCAAACCUGAUGCAGAGAUAAAUCACCUUUCUUGUGGCCAUCUUUUCCACAAGACGUGCUUGGAGAAGUGGCUCAGGUAUUGGAACUUCACUUGCCCCCUUUGCAGGACUCGGAUUGUUCCCCCAGAAGCAGAGUUGGAUGCCUUUUUUUGGUAA